CUGUAUAGGCCAUUGCGACUGCAUCUUUUGUCAUCAAAGAAGUCUUGCUUGCACCACGUUCCCUCGCCUCAAGAUCUGUGCUUGCUACUAGAAUCCCUUCUAUAUAAACCGUCGUGUGUUAUACCUCGCUGAUACAAAACACACACACACACACUCUCUCUCGGAGAAACAUACAAGUAGAGAGUAGCUAGAUCCAGCUCCAGAGGCAUACAUUACGGUCAUGUCUCCGGCUGCAAGCAAGGGAGGAAGAAUGGGCGGUGGUGCGGUGGCGGCAGCGGCCAUGGCGGCCGCCGCUGUGCUGCUGUGCCUCCAGCUGCCGGCGGUGGCCCGUGGCCAGCUGCAGGUGGGGUUCUACAACACGAGCUGCCCCAACGCUGAGUCCCUGGUCCAGCAGGCCGUGGCCAGCGCUUUCGCCAACGACUCCGGCAUCGCCGCCGGCCUCAUCCGCCUCCAUUUCCACGACUGCUUCGUCAGGGGCUGUGACGCGUCGGUGCUGCUGACCUCCCCGAACAACACGGCGGAGCGCGACGCGCCGCCCAACAACCCGAGCCUCCGCGGGUUCCAGGUGAUCGACGCGGCCAAGGCGGCGGUGGAGCAGAGCUGCCCGCAGACGGUGUCGUGCGCGGACAUCGUGGCGUUCGCGGCGCGCGACAGCAUCAACCUCACGGGCAACCUCGCGUACCAGGUGCCCUCGGGCCGCCGCGACGGCAACGUCUCCCUCCUCUCCGACGCCAACACCAACCUCCCCGCGCCGACGUUCAACGCGUCCCAGCUGGUGGCCGGCUUCGCGGCCAAGAACCUCACCGACGAGGAGAUGGUCAUCCUCUCCGGCGCACACACCGUCGGACGCUCCUUCUGCACCGCAUUCCUCCCGCGCAUCUACAACGGAUCCACCCCGAUCGUUGACACGGGGCUGAGCGCAGGGUACGCCACGCUGCUGCAAGCGCUGUGCCCGUCCAACGCCAACUCGUCGACGCCGACGACGACGGUGAUCGACCCGAGCACGCCGGCGGUGCUGGACAACAACUACUACAAGCUGCUGCCGCUCAACAUGGGCCUCUUCUUCUCCGACAACCAGCUGCGGGUCAACUCCACGCUCAACGCCUCCGUCAACAGCUUCGCGGCCAACGAGACGCUCUGGAAGGAGAAGUUCGUCGCCGCCAUGAUCAAGAUGGGGAACAUCGAGGUGCUCACGGGGAGCCAGGGAGAGAUCAGGCUCAACUGCAGCGUCGUCAACAACGGCUCCUCGUCGUCGUCGUCGUCGGUGGGGAUCCAGCAGACCACCGCGUCCCUCGAUGAGAUCGCCACGAGCUGAUCCCGAUCGGCGGCCGGCCGGCGUGAUGAUGAUAUAUGAGCACUCUGGAUCCAUUUGUGUGCAUGCACCUGUCCAUCUUUGGGGUUAUCUUCUACGUGUUGUUUACAGUACCUGGCUAUAGUACGUUUGUUCCGCAUACGAGAGUGUAGUGCGUAGUUUGAUCGUGUGUGUCAUGCAUAUGCACGUAAACGAAUUUUUCGUUAUCACCAUGGAUAUGUAUCCCGUGAAUGUCGGAAACCAUCAUCAGUAAAUAAAACUGGUGCUCUUCAUUACACCGGCUGUUCUGACCA